AUGCUGCCCUUCCCUACCUCGACAAUGGAGUCUGAAGACGCUCAGAAGCUUCUCGUCGCCGACUGGGGCCUCGGAAAGGGCCGCAUCCAGGAAGGCGAAACCGCCCUCGCCUUCGUCACCGAUCCCUUCCCCGACCAUCCUGUGCCUGGCUUCGAGCCCGCCUCCGACACCGCUCCCGUCCUCCGCGUCACCUACUCAGCUGGUAGCUUCUCGCACGACACCGGCGGCGUGCAGUUCUACAACCUCUGGAACAACACGGCCUCUGCCUCCGACGUCGGCUUUGGCUCGCUCUUGCUCGAAUACGAGAUCGCCUUUGACGAGACCUUCGACUGGGUGAAGGGCGGGAAGCUCCCUGGGCUGCGAGGCGGGCUGGAUUCGACGGGGUGCAGCGGCGGAAAUGAGCCUGCGGGUGAUGCCUGUUUUUCGACACGGCUCAUGUGGCGCAAAGGAGGCGAGGGCGAAGUAUACGCCUACAUGCCGACGACGCAGACGCUCUGCGACGAGGAUGAGAUCACCUGCAACGAUGACUAUGGCGUUAGCAUUGCCCGCGGCUCCUUCGGCUUCGUGGCUGGAAAAUGGAAUCGGAUCGCGCUACUCGUCCAGCUGAACAAUCCGCCCGAAGCCUCAAACGGCAAUGUGCAGCUGUACUACAACGGCCUCCCAGCCCUCACCCAGCAGAACCUCCGCCUUCGCACCACAGCCGACGUCUUAGCAAACGGCCUGUUCUUCUCCACAUUCUUCGGCGGCUCGGACGAAACCUGGGCAACACCCAACACCACGCACACCUAUUUCCGCAAUAUCGGGAUGUGGGGGUCGGCGGAGGCGUCGACAGGGUCGAUCAACAACCAUGCGCGGAGGAAUGGAGGGCCUGAUAUAAUUGUUGUGCUGGUAGCGAUGGGUCUGGCUGCUUCGGUGGCUUGGGUGUGUUGA